CAUUUCCUCCCGCCACCGUCAGCAGGAGAGUCUCAUCCCAGCCCAAGUACUACGCACCAUGGCAGAGCAGGAGCCUACAGAGGAGCAGCUGGCAGCGAUCGCAGCCGCCAACGACGAGGCCGAGGCCGCGGCCAACUACAAGCCCCCCGCCCAGAAGACCCUGCAGGAGAUCCAGGAGCUGGACAAGGAUGACGAGAGCCUGCGCAAGUACAAGGAGGCGCUGCUGGGGAAAAGCGGCGUGGUUAAAGAUCCCAACGCCCCAAACAUCCAGGUGACGCGAAUGACUCUGGUCUGUGCCACUGCGCCGUUCCCCCUGGUCCUCGAUCUACAGGGAGACUUGGACAACUUCAGGAAGAACCCGUUUGUGCUGAAGGAGGGAGUCGAAUACAGAAUAAAGAUCAACUUCAAGGUCAACAAGGAGAUCGUGUCCGGCCUGAAGUACAAUCAGCAGUCUUUCAGGAAAGGAAUCAAAGUGGACAAGUCCGACUACAUGGUCGGCAGCUACGGGCCCAGACCGGAUGAGGAGUACGAGUUCCUCACCUCCAUGGAGGAGGCGCCCAAGGGGAUGCUGGCCCGCGGCACCUACGACAUCAAGUCCAAGUUCACCGACGACGACAAACACGACCACCUGUCCUGGGACUGGAGCCUCUCUAUCAAGAAAGAGUGGAAAGACUGAUUCCUCCGACGCCAUCCUCCAUCAACGUCUUCCUCUGCUUUGCCCCCUCUUCUUUCUUUCUCUCAUUCCGCCGUCAUUCCGUCUGGAUUAUUUGUUGAUUCAAGCUUUUGCUCUCUCCGUCCAUUGACACCCGCCCACCCCCCAUCCCCCCUCCAGUUAAAUUUCUCUUUUCUAAAUUCCAAUCUCUUCAUCACCCCCCCCCCCCCCUCCAGUGUAACGCUUCAUGGGUUUUUGCAACCACCCUUUGUUAAGUAUUAAAUCUUUCAAAAUGGAGAAAGCAAACAACGUGUACAAUCCAGAUUUUGCAGUUAUGGUUUCUUUAUAAAAGGAAAAAUAAGUUAAAAAAAAAAAACUAUUUGCUACCUGCUCUUGAAAAAAAAAUUAGUUCCUGCUUUCUUGUCUUUCCCCCCCUUUUGCUUUCCUCUCUGUUUUUCAGUUGAUUUUGUACUCUCACCGUGAUCUGCCUUGGGAAGCAUAUGACCGGGAGCAGUCGUGCUGUAUGAACGUGACCUCAGUGCAGCCGUUGAGAAACCGUUGCUGGACUCUUGGACGCAGUCCUCCUAAAGCCUUUGAGCAGAUUAUUUGUACCAGGGUCUCGGAAGGUUACUUAGAAUUUAGGCCUCUUUCAAACGGUUUUGCAUUUUGCAAAGUCUCUGCUGGGAGAAGGGGG